AUGCGUUUCCUCGCCUCUCGAGCCCUCUCAAUAGGGCGCCAGGCUUUCUCUCAGCAGCCUAUAUCGUUCACACAGCGGGCUACCCUCACCACAAUCAAGACAGCCCCCGCCCGCAUCCCAACGUUCAAGAAGCACGUCUCGUACAAGCCGGACCCUCAGAAAAAGCCCAUCAACCCCAACAAGAACAAAAAGAUUCCCUACAAGGCACGACCUCUUGAGCAGCCUAUGGUCCCUCUACCAGCUAAAGACCCCAAGGAAGUCGGCACGUAUCUUCGAUAUAUCAUCAAGCGUACACCAUCUUUGCAAAUUCCCGUCUAUCGCAAGUGGAUGUCUGGAGGCAACCGCUGUAUCGUUAUCAUCAAGAAGGUGAAGGGCGACCACGCCAAGCUGGUCAAGGAUUUGUCGGACGAUCUAGACAUUAAGGCAGAGCAUAUUCGAUUAAAUCCCGUAACACAACAUAUUGAAAUCAAGGGCGACCUGUACGCCGAGACGAUGAAAUGGAUUCUCAACGUUGGUUUUUAA